AUGCUGCUCAGAGGAUUACGAGCCUGUGCUGAACGUGCCUCGAAGUCGCGCACGACAAACUUGGAUCGAAUUUCGAAGACCACCAAGGAAUUGUUAGGAAGAAGAAGGGCUUUGAGGCUUGAUCCGAAUGCAUCGCACAUUGAGCGGUUAGUAGCAAACACUAGCUGCAGAAAAGCGUUGCAGGAGGAUCUUUCGAAGUACAGGCAGAAGAAGAUUCUAGAAGCAGCACAAAGAAGAACGAGUCUAAAGAAGUGCCGCAGGGACCUCCGCGAAUAUAAUAUUCCGCUAGCAACCUUGCUGAGCGAAGACGGGACUCGCACGUCUUCUCGUCGUGAGAUGGAAAUCAUUACGGAGAGGUUCUACUCGAACCUUUUCCGUUCAUCAACUCCUGUGUCAAGCCCAAUCAUCCCCACUGGCGAUGCUCCACCACGGAUUCUCCCUUCGGAAGUACGAGUCGCUAUCAAGAGCAUGAAACCUGGCACAGCCCCCGGACCUGGUUUUAUAUCAGCAGACUUUCUUCGGGCUGGUGGCCAUCCGCUUCAUGUAAUCUUAGCAGCGCACAUGACAUCCUAUCUUCAGAAAGAAAGGAUCCCAGACCAGUGGAAGACCUCGCGAACCGUUCUUAUCCAUAAGAAAGGUGACCGAGAGGACCUUCGGAACUACCGUCCGAUAUGCUUGCUGAGCGUGUUAUACAAAGUAUUCACCAAGAUCAUCCUCACACGCAUAUCUAGGACGCUGGAUGAAGCCCAGCCUCAAGAACAAGCUGGAUUCCGCCAAGGGUUCAGCUGCUUGGACCACAUCCAGACCGUGUCGAGGGUCAUAGAGGUUUGCCGGGAAUACCGCCUGCCCCUUGUUCUAACCUUCGUCGACUAUGAGAAAGCCUUUGACAGCGUAGAAACGAAUGCAAUACUGUCAGCGCUGGUCGAUCAAGGUGUGGACGCGUCGUAUGUGAGGACAUUAGCCAAUUGCUAUGAACGAUGCACGACUAGGAUACAGCUUUUCCACCGCCCUCUCACCAUACCCAUUGGAAAGGGGGUACGACAAGGCGAUACUAUAUCGCCGAAGCUGUUCACGGCUGCAUUGCAAUGGAUAAUGAAAUCACUAUCCUGGGAAGAAAGGGGCAUACGUGUUGAUGGAAGAUUUCUUUCGAACCUUCGUUUCGCGGACGACAUCGUUCUCUUUUCGAGCAGCACCAAUGAAGCAGAAACGAUGCUCAACGAAUUGAACGAAGCAGGGAAGAGAAUAGGACUACGAAUAAACAGAAAGAAGACACAGUUCAUGAAGAACGCGCACUGCGAGGACGGAGGAGUACAACUUGAAGGCUCCCAAAUCGUGGAAACUCCGUCAUACGUAUACCUCGGACGUUCUAUGAACAUGGAAAACGACUUGAAGGAAGAACUGAAUAGAAGAAUGAGAGCAGCAUGGGCAGCAUUCGCAGCCGUCAGGGAAGCUACGGACCAACUGACGGACCAUGAUCUUCGUGCCCAUCUGUUCGACUCGACAGUCCUUCCAGCGCUCUGUUACGCAGCGGAGACGUGGGCAGACACCGCGGCCACGUCUAGGAAGCUACUUAUUACCCACAGAGCCCUUGAGAGAUGUCUCCUGAAGUUUAACCGGCGCACACAACACCUUGCCGGUCUUCGUAGCUCCGACUUAAGAGGAAUGUCCCGUCUUCGCGACCCAGCGGAAUAUGUAUCGAAAGCAAAACAUAGAUGGGCCGGUCACAUCAUGAGAAGAAUCGACGAUAGAUGGACUAAAAGAACGCUAGAGUGGAUCCCAAGGGACGCUAAACGCCCCCGAGGGAGACCGCCAACGAGAUGGAGUGACGUGUUCGCUGCACGGAUGGACCAGCUGAGAGCUCAGCUGGAUACGGCACAAGGACCUCGUCAACGUCACUCACGAAACUUGAGAACAUCUUGGAUGACAAUGGCGAGGGAACGAAACGAGUGGAAGAGAUGCUGGGGCCCGCACGUCGAGUGA